AUGCCAACGCAGGCGACCUCCUCUCCCACCAACCCCAAACCUGUUCCUGUCCUGGGCGGAGGGGCUGCUGACAGCCUGGACCACAUCAAUAUCACCUCGAAGGAGAAGCAGUUGGUGAAGAAGCUGUUGAGUCGCUACAUCGACCAGGGCAAGGAGGGUCGGCCCGUCGUCAACACCUCCGACAGCAUCACCGUCAACUUCGGCGUGACGCUUAUCCAGAUACUCGACGUCGACGAGAAGAACCAGAUCCUCAAAAUGAACAUCUGGUAUCAGUACCAAUGGCGUGACAUGUUACUCACGUGGAAUGAAGCCGACUAUGACAACAUUUCUGACAUCCGGGUUCCUGCCGAGAAGAUCUGGUUGCCUGACAUACUGCUGUAUAAUUUUGCCGAUGACCGUCUCCGCGAACAGCGUGACGCCCUCGUGGUGGUGUACUCCAACGGACAGCUGCUGUGGAUGCCCCAGGCCAUCCUCCGGAGCUCCUGCUCCUUCGACACGCUCUACUUCCCGUUCGAUGAGCAGACGUGCUCGCUCAAGUUCGGCUCCUGGUCGUACAACGGCUUCAAGCUGGAUAUCCACUUCCUCCCCGACGAGAACGCCAUGAACUUGAAUGAGUACAUCCAGAGCAACGAGUGGGACAUCGUCGAGAAUGUUGGCGUGCGCAACGUCAAGCGCUACACGUGCUGCCCCGAGCCCUACCCCGACAUCACGUUCAAGCUGAGAAUCAAGAGGAAGGUGGCCUUCUACACGUUCAUCCUGAUCAUGCCCUGCGCCUUGCUGUCUCUGCUGACCCUGGUCAUCUUCUGGGUGCCCCCAGAGUCGCCGGCUAAGCUGAUUUUAGGUAUGAACAUAUUCUUGGCCUUCUUUGUGCUGUUGCUGUUGUUGGCAGAGUCCACUCCUAAAGCCGCAGCGUCCAUUCCGCUGAUUGGUGCUUACUUCUGUCUGAACAUGGUCAUGAUAACGAUGUCCACGGUGCUGUCGUGCAUGGUAGCCAACAUGUUCUUCCGUGGGGUCAUGAUCAACAGGGCGCCCAAGUGGAUCAGGACGUUUAUUAUAGACGGUGCGGCGAGGGUUCUGUGCAUCCGAUCCAAGAUCGUCGAGCCGGAAUACACCCCUCCCACACCCAAAAAGACUUGGAGCACCGGACGUGUGAUCGGCGAGACAAAGGGACAAUACCCGUACACUGACAUCCGGUUUGCGCAGGUCAGACUGUUGGACAAUGGAACAGACGCCAAGUGCGGAAACCCGGAAUUCGCGGAGCCUGGCAGCCAGUCGCAGCAGAUCACCGAAGAAUUCAACUCGCAGUAUAGGAACGGCAUAGGCGGAUCCGGACAGCUCUUGGAAGAGGUCCGGGCGAUCCGCGACAUGCUAGAAAAAGUCAGGGAGAAGAAAGCGAAGGUGGAAGAGAAAGAAAAAUACGUGCGGGAGUGGCGAAUAAUCGCGUGCGUCACCGACAGACUUAUCUUUAUAUUUUACCUGCUGGUCAACGUUGUGGGACUUGCUGUUAUCUUCCUAGGGGACCUCGGUCCCAUGGACAGCUCAGACGAUCCCAAACAGCCAUCUUGAGCAACAGUUAUAGUCUUGUGUUAAAUGAAUUUUUUUAACAACAAUCUGAUGUUUUUUUGUGUGUUUUUUUUAACUUUAUGUGAAAAGUAUCGCUGACAAAUAUAUAGCCAUAGAUAAUUGCAAAUUGAAGGUGUGCAUUAGGUUCAUUUAUAGAUUUAAAUAUUAUUCAGUAAGUGUAGCGAGAGUGAGAGUCACCAAAAGCAUGUUUAGGAGGAUAAGCGCUCGCAGACGCUCGCUAGAUUGGUUUUUGCGUUAAAUGAAUGUGAUAAACUAGAACGGGACACAAUACGUUGGAAGCCAGUGAAAUUGUUCGCGAGUACUUGCCUUCCUAAACACGUCACACAUAUGUUUUCAACGGGACACAGUGCCAUAUCUGUGGUGGUAGAAGUAUCUGGCGACAGUUUUUUUUUUAUAUUAGAUGUUCAUAAACGCAUUCUUGUGCAUCACCUGAUAGACGCUGCCGACAGGACGGAGGUGGGGAUGGGUGGAUAAUGGUACUAAGUGUUAACGUCCAUACAGCUACCAACAAAACAGUAUCUCUGCACAAGACAGUUAAAGGGACGUUUUGAUCAAGUUUUUACUGUUACCAUGAAUUACUGUCGUCUGCUUUGUCUAUAGGUGGAAUUCGACUCCCCAGGACGAAACACCACCAAGACUGGUUCAGCAUAAUCUAUCAACUAUAGUCACAAAGUGUACAUAAGAAAUUUCCAUUCGACUUAAACAUGUUCCCUCUAGCUCUUCAUGCAUUCUGUGAGA